GGGGUGGCGGCGACAUUUCGCAUGCUCAGAACUCCAAACAGGCUGCAGCAUCACGUAGCCUGGCGAUCCGAGUCAGCGAAACACACGUUUCGUUAUAAACCGUGUGAUAAUAAAAAACGAUAGACAAACGAAAAAUUAAAAAUGACGGAAGAAAACUAAUAGCUCGAGAUUUUUUUCUUUUUUUAAUCCGUCGUGAAAAGUGAAAUUACAAGAGUAUUUUGGUGAAAGACACCGGGAAGGGUCGCGACCCUCAUCGUCAUUUUUCUGACACUCUCAUUGAUAGGCAAAAUAGUUUUUCUUAGAAAGCAACAGUUUUUUGCAUUUAUAUGCGUAAUCUUGAGGACAAAAGGCGGAAAUAAUUCUCCCACCUCGCGUUUUAAUUUAUGUCUAAAAUAUUGGGAAAUUAAUAUUUUCGAUUUUUUUCAAUUCGAGGGGCUUGAGUGAAGUGGCAAGAAGUGACUUGUCCAGUGGCAAGUGAUUUUAAUUGUGUCGAACGUGGGCGGUAAUGGAAUAAGUUUUUGUGAUAAGACAUAAGACGAGCCUCUUAAGGGAUGAUGUACAGGUGUCGUCUGGAGGUGGGGUUGAGGAGUUUUUGUUGAAACUACGCCACUGGAUCCGAUAUUUCUCCGUCGGAAACGAUCGCUGAAUAAAGACUGAGUGAGUGAUAUGUUAACCGAAGACAAUGACCCCACCAAACCGGCAGGGAUUUUAGACAAUGCUGGCAACGUGUCUUCGUCGACAGAGGCCUCAAUACAGAACCCUCGUUCUUCAAACAAUGAAACAGAAGUUAAAAAUGAGGUUCAAGAGUGUCCAGAGAGCGAGAAUGUCCCCAGUGGUGAACUCUAUAUCGACGAAAAUGCCGAGGAAAAGGAUCAAGAAUUUCCUGAUUCUAUGGAAAAGGCCGAUUAUGACUCGCUGUAUAAUGCCAAUCAAUACUACAAUAGCAUAUACAAUUCGCCAUCGUACGGAACGACGACAGUUUCAAAGAAUUCGCCGGCUUUGCCAAGUCCAUAUCUGAAUUCCUAUACGAAUCCAAGCUCGAUAGCUCAAUAUUCAGCCUAUGGCUACAAUAGUGGGACGACCACGUUUCCUCCAAUGAGUCAAAAUAUAUCAUCUGCUUCACAGAAGCUCGAUUACACAGCCUACAGUAGUCCAAUUUAUGGAAAUGACAGGGUAUCGUUGCAAUAUUCCGGAUAUUAUCCAAUGGCUGGAUAUCAUCCCUCGCCCACCUCCUUCAACAUUGGCAACCUCAAUUUUGCAGAUUCAACUAAAUCGGCACUCACGUUCGAUGCGACCGCUCACGAUGCCAGCGACUUGACCGCACGGGAAACCACUACCGUUGAAGUGUCUGCGAAGCCCAUAAGGCGAGGAAGGCGGCAAAGUGGGAGCGGAAAUAGUAUUGGUUCGGCAGAGACCACGGAAGCCGGACCAAGUCGGAUAUUCAUUUGGGACCUCGACGAAACCAUAGUUGUUUUCCACACCCUUCUUACGGGCAUAUACGCCACCAAUCAUGGCAAGGACCCUAGUCUUGUCAAACAUGUGGCCUACAGCAUGGAGGAACUCAUCUUCAAUCUCGCGGACAGUCACUUGUUCUUCAACGAUCUUGAGGACUGUGAUCAAGCCCACAUUGACGACGUAUCGGCUGACGAUAAUGGACAGGACCUCGCGUCCUAUAAUUUUGCGAACGACGGCUUCCAAUGUUCCCCAGGCAACAAUGGUCUUUGCGUUGGAUCGACAGUGCGAGGUGGAGUCGACUGGAUGAGAAAACUAGCGUUUCGUUAUAGGAAAAUCAAAGAAAUUUAUUGUAAUUAUAGAAACAAUGUUGGGGGUCUCCUAGGAUCGCAGAAACGCGAGCAAUGGUUGCAAGUGCGUUCCGACAUCGAGGCUCUCACCGACAAUUGGCUAACAAUGGCCAUCAAGUGUCUCACUCUCAUCAACAAAAGACAUCAGCAUGUCAAUAUUCUUGUCACCUCCACGCAAUUGAUACCAGCACUCGCGAAAGUCCUACUCUUUGGCAUUGGCGGGAUUUUUCCGAUUGAGAACAUCUACUGUGCUAGCAAAACAGGAAAGGAAACAUGUUUCGGAAGAGUAAUAGCGAGAUUCGGUCGAAGGUGCACUUACGUGGUGAUUGGCGACAGUCCGGAUGACGAGACUGCUGCGCGAGCCUACAAUUUUCCCUUCUGGAGGAUACAGAGUCACAAGGAUCUACAUAUGCUUUAUAAGGCCCUCGACAUGAGUUACCUUUAACGAGAAACACAAAUAUCCAAACCAUUCCCAUUUAUAUUAAUAUUAACAUUCGUGCAAUUGGUUACGAUGAGAAUCAUUCCUUUUUUUCUAUAAGCAACUUUUCACAGUACAUUCCUAAUAAUAAUUAAUUAAUUAGCAUGUAAGAAAGUGGAGAUCACGGCGAUUUCCACAAGUGAUAGUAAUUUUGAAAGUAUGCAAAACUAUUAUGGUUUUUCAAAAGUGGAAAGUGUUUUAUGUACUUAAUUAAAGAGUGAAUGUUGCACUUUUGAGUGAAUGGCGUGAAGAAGCAUUUGAAAAGUGUGCAAAUUUUUAGGGAUUUCAAGUGAAUUGUUAAAGCCAUACGGAUUCCUUUGGGGAAAAAUUUACAAGGACAUAAAAAGAGCCUAUAUUGUGGAAUAAUUAAUUAAUAUUAAUUAAUAAUUCCUUUGUAUUCUUAAGGGGUUAGGCCACCAUGCGCGUAUAAAAAAGAAAGAUUUGAAAAAAUUCCCAAAUUUGAUCUUUUUAUUUUAUACGCGCACAGUGGCCUAACCCCUUAAGCUAUGUUCAACAUAAGGACGUAAAAAGAGCCUAUUGUAGACUCAGCCUAAUAUUCUCCAUCCGUGUGAUUUUAACCCCUUAAGGCCUAAGCACAACUACUUCGCGAAUGUCGUUCGCGAAGCAAUUGUCCGUUGGCCUUUAUGUGACGUAGUGUGAACGUAGCUUUAGUUAUCAGACCAUGAGUGCGAAGAAGAUAGACACGUUUUUCCUUUUCGCACUCAUGGUCUAGUUCUAAAAUCUAACGCGAAACGCCGCCACAAAACUGAAUGCUACUUUCACAAAGAAAAUAAUGUUUUCGAAUGUAAUAAAACUUCCAUUACGAAAAUAUUUUGUCAAUUUUUUUUCUGAAUGCAAGAAAAAAUUGUUUUUUAUGCUAAAAAUUUUUUGAUGAAAUAAAAAAAUUCGCACACUUACAAAACUUAAAAUCGAUAUAAUGAAGAUCGGGAUAAAACACUUGUAAUAGUAAUGGGAUAUAUAAUUUUUUACGACAAUUUGUAAAAUAAAUCGAGAAGUAAAAAAAAACUAGAUUGAAUGCUUUUAAGCCCCGAACGAGUUGUAUGAGGCAGAAAAGGACAGACACAUACCUCUAUCCUUUUCUAUCUCACGCAAUUUUGCUUCUUGUCACUUUCUUAUUAAAAUACUUUUGCGACAUUCUGAUACUAAAUUAGAAAAUUAAAGUACUUUACAAUUAUUAUUACUUAAUAUCCCAUUACUACCGAAUUCUAGUGAUAUAUUAUUUAUCAAUAGUAAAUUAAUUUCGCAAUGUCAAAAAUUAAAAAAAACUAUUUUCAGGAAAUAGUUGUAGCGUCUUAAAUUGAAAUCUGUUCCUUAAUUUCUGAAAAUCGCACAAUUUAAAAAAGUAACGUGCGAUAAUUAAUUUUUUUAAAAGAAGCACAAAAAUGUCAUAAGUUUUCUCGUUAGAUGAAGAAAAAGUUUCUAGAAAAAAUUAUUUUUAAAAUUUGAUAUAAUCGUUUUUUACACAAAGAAUAAAAAUGCAGUAUUAUCGAAAAAGAAAUUUAUAUUCAUUCCAGUGAAGAAGUUUUCUGGUUAAUUUUAGAAGAAACUUAAUUUUUAUAUUGUCAAGGAUUAUUUAUAAUAUAAUUUAGGAGCUAGUCGAUUAAAAAUAUUGUGUUUUCAUUUUUGUCAGGUGGAAAAAGAAAAGAAAGUAUUUUUAACAUUCCAUAUCUCUAUAUCAUGUCUACACUAUAAACAUAAAAUGAAAAAUUAAGCUUUGUAUUGAACUGAAAUGUUGAAAAAGCGAAAGAAAAAUUUUAACGUAAAAAUCUGUUUGUUGAUGGAAAUUUCAAAAUAAAAUUGAACUUUGGUAAAAUCUUA